AAAAAUUCAGAUGAUAUGACCAGAAAAACACAAGAUUCAAACUUGUGUCUAACACAAAUGAAACCACCUGCUAUAUGUGGACAGAAUGACCACGGCCAGAGCACUGAUAAUGAGAGUGGGACAACUGAGAGUGACAUGACUUCAGGUGGUCAAAGCAUUAUGAGUGAACGGACUUCAAAAGAUUCAGAAGAACAAACCAAUGCAGAGGAAUUCCAGAAGACAGAGAGUGAGAAAAGCCAGAAAGAUGAUGAUGUUCAGCGUCUUAAGGACUCCAUAGUGACAGAUAAUAAGAAAUCUAACGAGAUGUUCAGUUCUGCUAAAAAGCACAUUGAAGACGUGCUUCAACUGACUGAAGAGUUCAAAGAAAGCCAGAAGAAACAGAUUGAGAACGCCAAGAAAGAAAUCCGUGAUCGGCUAGCUGACUCACAGGCAGAAAGCCACUUGCUGUUCAUUCAGGAUGAAGUGCAGAAAUUAACAGAUUCCUUUCUGGAGUCUCAGAACAAACAUCUGUGUGCUGUACACGAAAAUCUGAAGGAGAUUGAGAAGAAACAACAAGAUAAAAAGCCAGAUGAUUUGGACAUAAAAACACAACAAGAUUUACAGCUUUCAUCUCAGUCUGCCCCCCCAAGUGGUCUGACACAAAUGGAACCACAUGCUACAUGCGGACACGAGAGCGGGACAACUGUGAGUGAGGAGACUUCAGGUGGUCAAGGCAUUAUGAGUGGACAUAUUUCUAAAGAUGCAGAAGAACAAACCAAUGCAGAGGAAUUCCAAAAGACAGAGAGUGAGAAAAGCCAGAAAGAUGAUGUUCAGUGUCUUAAGGACUCCAUAGUGACAGAUAAUAAGAAAUCUAACGAGAUGUUCAGUUCUGCCAAAAAGCACAUUGAAGACGUGCUUCAACAGACUGAAGAGUUCAAAGAAAGCCUGAAGAACAAGAUUGAGAACGCCAAGAAAGAAAUCUGUGAUCAUCCAGCUGACUCACAGGCAGAAAGCCACUUGCUGUUCAUUAAGGAUGAAGUGCAGAAAUUAACAGAUUCCUUUCUGGAGUCUCAGAACAAACAUCUGUGUGCUGUACAAGAAAAUCUGAAGGAGAUUGAGAAGAAACAACAAGAUAAAAAGCCAGAUGAUUUGGACAUAAAAACACAAGAUUUACAGCUUUCAUCUCAGUCUGCCCCCCCAAGUGGUCUGACACAAAUGGAACCACAUGCUACAUGCGGACACGAGAGCGGGACAACUGUGAGUGAGGAGACUUCAGGUGGUCAAGGCAUUAUGAGUGGACAUAUUUCUAAAGAUGCAGAAGUAAGUAGAAAGCUGUUAUCUGUAACACUUCAAUCAAACAACAAAAGAAAACCGGAGCUUGUAAUGUUGAGUCCACUUUACUAACAAAUCAGAAAACUA